UCCAUAUCAUAACGGAGGUCAUAAAGUGAUAUCCACAUAUUUGAAAAGUUUAGAUGUUGAAGAACGAAGAGACUUGAAACUAAAAGGUAUAAAAUUACCUCCUGUUUCACAGGCUCCAUUAUUUAACUAUUCUUCGUUAAUUCGACAUCUUGAUUACGGAGAAAUGUUAUAUGCUGUUGAAGUUUGGUGCAGCAAUUUACCUAAAAAAAGACCUGAUUCUGUUGUAUCUAUAAUGAGAGUUUUGUUGAGACUUUUUUUAAAUAAUGCUGGUCCUCUUUCUUCAUUAAAGCUUGCUACACUUGGUGAAGAUUAUAACGAUGAAAAAUGUAUGAUAUUGACCGAACCUGAAAUUAAAAAUUUGAUUACCUCUGUGCGAACCCUUUCUCUAGACGGUUUUGACUAUAACCAACAAGGUUUAUUAACUAGACUUCCAGAUUUAUGUCAGAAUGUGGAUUGUGGUCCAUGGGAAGGUUUAGCAUCAUGCAUGAAAUUAAAAAAUUUGGAGUUUUGGUUUUGUAAAGGAAUCACUCAUAAAAUGAUCAAGCCACUUUUAGGAAAAAUAUUUUCGGAAUUGGAAGAAGUCAAAUUAUUACAAUAUGGAAUUGGAUGUGAAGAGUUUAAUUAUUGGGCGAAUAAGAUUAAUGGAAUUAGUAGCACUAGUAAUUCUAACAUUUGUACUGUGGUGGAUGAAUUUGAGUUUGAAAACAAUUAUUUGUUAAUUUAG